AGCGAAGGCGGAACCGGAAGGGGCGAGGGACGCGCCGGUCCCCAGCAUGGCGGCCGCCUGGCCCUCAGGGCCGGCAGCUCUGGACACCGUGACUGUCCGGCUCCUGGGUGUCCUGUGGUUCGCGUCAGUCACCACGGGGCCCUGGGGAGCUGCCGCCGCCGGGGGCGAGGAGCCGCCUAAGUGCGAGGACCUCAAAGUGGGACAAUAUAUUUGUAAAGAUCCAAAAAUAAGUGAUGCUACACAAGAACCAGUUAACUGUACAAACUACACAGCUCAUGUUGAAUGUUUUCCAGCACCCAAGAUAAUUUGUAAAGAUUUCAGUGGCAAUGAAACACAUUUUACUGGACAUGAAGUUGGUUUUCUCAAGCCCAUAUCUUGCCGAAAUGUAAAUGGCUAUUCAUAUAAAGUGGCUGUUGCACUCUCUCUUUUUCUUGGAUGGUUGGGAGCAGAUCGAUUUUACCUUGGAUACCCUGCCUUGGGUUUGUUAAAGUUUUGCACUGUAGGAUUUUGUGGAAUUGGGAGCCUAAUUGACUUUAUUCUUAUUUCAAUGCAGUGAAUCUCAGUGUUUUUCUAUUGGGCUGUAAUCCCAGAAACAUAUUGUGCAUGAAUUCAAGACCUAUAAAAACAUACUUUGCUUCACAGUGUUUAUAACAUAAAUCCAGAAAAAUCCUCUUAAAAAAUAGCUCUAGUUAUUUCAUCUUUGAACCAAAGAGUAUAAUCACACAUUGCUAAAGUAAGCUUUACAUGUUGCUAUACAUACUGAAAAUAUUUCCAUGAGUUUAUCUACUUGCUAAUAAACUUGAAAGUUCCUUUCUUUUGGUUGUUGUUGUUAUCCUUAAAAAUAUGCAAGUGUCCCAGGUCAAUGAAUGGCGUAAAACAAUCCAUAGAAUUAAUUCAGUUAUUUUAUGCAGUCUACCAAAAACUAAAUCAGAGAUACCUCAUAAGGCAGUUCCAAAGAUUUUAAAACACUCAUUCUUUUGUGCUUGUAUAUGUUUGUGUAAUCAUGAAGGAUUAGACAAUUUAAGGUUUUUUAAUCAGAAAAAAAUAAAAUAUUUGGAUUCAAUUUAAACCUCUUUUCUCACACAAUCUGGACAUUUUAAAAUUACACCCAAACCACUGAUGUGUAUUCUGUCAAACAAAAAGAAAAGAGUUUCUUCUGUUAAGUGGAGACAAGACAGCCACAAAUCAGAAAGAUGAAGAAGGGUAAUUUUAAUGUAGAAAGUUGUUAGAAGGUAGUAUGUUGGGUUCUUUGUGACAAUUAAAAAAAAUUCUAUAUAUUAUGGAAGAAAUCACUUUCAUUUUCAUUUCUAUUGAUAUUACAGAGUAGAUUUCCUUAGAGGACUAAUAACUACAUAAGCAGAAAUUCAGAAAAGCAUAAUCUUCAAUCAUUUAUGAGUUUUAUAAAUACAUUAAAUUUAUAAAAUAUCUCAUUAGUGUGGAAUUUAAUAUAUGUAACUAAUUUUAGCAUUGGAUUAUAUAUAUUAUUUCUUAUCUUUUACACCAGAUCUGAACUUUCACACAUAAACUUCUUGAAGAAAAAAAAAAAUUAUUAAUCCUGUAUGCUAAACAUAGAGUAUGCCCUCAAAAACUUUUGCUGAUUUGAACUGUAUGCAUUAUACCUUGUGGCUUUGUUCCAGUUACAGAGAAGAUGAGAAGCUAAAAAUGGUAGUUUU